UGAGACGCAGCGCUGUAGCAGCAGAAAGUUUCCUUCUGGAUGUCAUUCUGCUCGCAGCAAUGAUUUGAAGAGCUCACGCUGCUUGCUUAGGGAGUCUGAUAUGUGUGCUCAUUCUAACGGACCCGUUAUUUUGACGCCACGAGCUGUGGACAGCUUUGGGAAUGAUGAUCGGUAACGAGCGGAGCCCACAGACAUCCAAGCCGCCUCCUCCAGCCUCACCUGCGGCUUUACCGCUCAGCGCGUCCCGCAGAAGAUUCUCUCGGGUCGGGAGGAAACACAGCAAUGGAUCCGUCCAGUCCAGCUCAUCCAGCGGCACGGCCAGAUCAACAGAGAGCGUGGGAAUCCGCCAGCCGGCGAAGAACAAGAUCCGGCGUCACCAGCACCGUCUGUCGGCAGUGUUCGGCCGCGGGCCCAGAGGAGGUUCUGGAGAGAUGGCCGCUGCGGGAGAGGAGGCGCUGGUGACAGACGACCCCUCCGAACUGUCCAAUCACAUCACGGCUCCAGGCAUUCUAAAGAUUUUUGGCACAGAGAUCUGUCAAGGAGCCAACUACAAGAGUGUACUGGCCACAACACGCUCCAGUGCCAGAGAGCUGGUUAAAGAGGCACUCGCCAGAUACUCCCUGAGCAAAGAAGACGCUGAUGACUAUGUGUUAUGUGAUGUGAUCGGCUGUAUUGGAAACCAGUGCUGGAGGACCGAAUGUGUUCGUGUGGUGGGAGACAAUGAGAAGCCGCUGCUGUUACAAUCGCUCUGGAAACCCAGAGAAGGAUUCGCUCGACGCUUUGAGAUCCAGCGCAAAGCCACUGUAGAAGAAAACAACUCUAAAGACCAGGACACUGUGACCGCUGGUAUAAACGCACAGGCACGUAAGCUGCAGAAGACGCGCUGCAGAGGGAAAUCCGUGCCGCUGGAUGUAUGCGUGAGUGACGACGCCGUGGACGGCAGACACAAUCUGUUUAAGAGUCUCAGUGACACGGAUCUGACAGCUGAAGCUCAAAGCACCUGUACGGAGCGAACGCAGGAGGAGGAUCCAGAGGCCGAGGCCGACAAAGCAACACAGUGUCCUGCUAAUGAACGGGAGGAGACGGAGAGCAGCGAUGACAGCGCCACACAGUAUUCCAUUCACCCGCCUCUGGACUUCCCGUACUUCCUGCUUCUGCAGGGCUUCAGUUACAGACAGGAUUUUGUCAUCUAUGCCCUGAUCAAUAGCUGCACAGUAUUCGGACGCCACGUUGAACAACCUCACAGUGAGACUGAGAGUGAUGGCGAUCGCAUGAAUCUCUGGGCUCCUGAUCUUCUGCCCGAUCACUGCAGCGUCACUCGGGCCUCCGCGGCCGGACGGUCCGGGACCGAGACCCGACUGAAACCCCUCAACAGAGCUAAGGUCAAGAGGAACGGAGCCGUCAUCAAGCACGAGGUGGAGCUACAGUCAGGAGACGUCAUCGCACUGGGCGAUCAUUACCUCUUCAUGUAUAAAGACCCCACCUGUCCGAAGGUCGUGACCCCUGCAGAAGUGGCUCAGAUGAGCAGACGGCCUCCUCUCUGUAAAUCGUGCGUGAGAGUGAGAGCCUGCUUCAGAGACGUGGAUGGAGCAGAGCUGCUUCUGCCGUAUGACGUGGAGCAUGAGUCCAUGGUCCUGAAGGAGAUCUUCAGCGUGGUGGAGCGGGAUCCGGCCGCACACAAACUGACCGCGGCCUUCCUGCUGUGUUUGUGUCUCCAGCAGUCCGCCGCUCACUUCUCAAUGCCGGCUCUCCGACGGCUGCUGCUACAGAUGGCCAGCGAGCUGCAGACCAUCGUAUGGGAAAAGGCAAAGGAACUCGCAGCUUUGCAGCCUGAAAUAAGUGAGUCAGACACGGCAGACUGGCCUUCUGGUGCUGACAGACUGAUCCGGGGUCUGGAGCCGCUGGUCCUCUGGAUGUCCAACUCUGUCCAGAUCCUUCACUUCAUCCACCAGGAGGUUCCUCGUCUGCUGCACGGAGUCUCUCAGGAGGAGGAGGAGGAGGAGGAAGACUGCAUUGCGGUGCUGGAGCUGCGGCUCUCCUCCGUGCGCUCGGCCAGCGAGGAGGCCAUGACGGUCCUGGAGGAGGUCCUGAUGUUCACCUUCCAGCAAUGUGUCUACUAUCUCACCAAGAUGCUGUACCCGCUUCUCCCCGGCGUUCUGGACAGUCAUGCGUUCUCCGACAGCGGGCAGCUGCAGGUGUCGUCGCAGGUCAGACGCAUGCUGGACGUCUGCAGUCAGAGUCUGCGUCUGCUCCGAGCGUUCGACGUGCAUCCGGACAUCAGCGCGCAGCUCUUCUCCUACCUCUUCUUCUUCAUCAACGCUCUGCUCUUCAACCUGCUGAUGGAGAGAGGGUCCGGAGGAGCCUUUUACUGCUGGGCCCGUGGAGUCCAGGUCAGGGCCAAUCUGGAUCUGCUGAUGGACUGGGCUCACGGAGCCGGACUCGCAGAUCUGGCUCACACUUACCUUCUCAAGCUCUCCUCGGCCGUCAAUCUGCUGGCCACCCCGAAGGAAAACCUUCUGCAGAUGUCGUGGAAGGCUCUGCGGAUGGAGUUCCCGUCUCUGAACGCGGCUCAGCUCCAUCACAUACUGAGAGAGUACGAGCCGCGGCGCUCCUGUCCCGCAGCGUGGACGCCUUCCGGCGACGAGGACGAGGCGCUCGCAACCGCUGAUAUCCUGGAGAGCUUCGAUCAGCAUCCUCCUCUCAUCCUCCCUGCCGACGGCUUCAUACUGCAGCUGAGAAGAGCAAUCAGUGAGACGCAGCUCAUUACACAGCUGCACCGCUUCCAGAGAUUCAUCACAGACCCAGAGGCAGCCCCACAUUCCCCACAGCCACCUCAGAGUGAGGAGAGUGAGAUUAGAGAAGAAGAUGUGUUUGUGCUGGAGCUGCAGAGAGCAGCGUGUGGUUUGGGUCUGAUGCUGGCGGACGGAGAGGAAAGCCCAUCGACUGUGAGUGGGAUUUACAUCAAAUCGGUGCUUCCAGACUCUCCUGCCGCUUUAUCCCAGAGGCUGAGAGCCGGCGACCGCAUUCUAGCAGUGAAUGGACGGAGUCUGGUGGGAGUCGACUAUCAGACUGGCCGGGAUCUCAUUCAGAUGUCAGGAGAAAGGCCUCGGCUGCUGGUUGCCAGAUCUCACAGUGCUACGAAAGAAACAAGGACAAAAACUUCUUCAUAAACCUAGUGUUUAAAAACUCUGCUUUUACCCUUAGAUAGAGUGUGAUGGACAAAACUAAAUGACAAAAACAACAUCUGGUUUUAUAUGUACAGGUUGCUUUUUGCCAUUUUUAAUUGUGUGAUCUUUGCAUUUUAUGAUUAAAAAAUAUGGAAAUGAUUAGAAUAAUUCAUGUGUAUGUUAUGUGCUGUCAGAACGGACUGCUUUUUAAUU